ACAGAGCAGAGACCAAUAAGUCGGCUGGUGGAAGAGCUGCUCUCACUUUCACUUCCUCGUAAGGUUGUUAGACAGCAAUACUUCCUCGUUAUAGUCUGACAGGUUAGCAGUGUGCUGUCGGUGUGACAGUCAUGAAGGACGGUACCGAAGCCGGAGAACAGGAGGCUGUUAGCCGCCAGGACGUCUAUGAGGACUACCUGAACUAUUACCUUGAGCUGGGUGCGGAGAUUCGGCCGUGCCGCGACGCCCGGCUGCUGGAGAAGGCGGCUCAGUAUCUGCUGAGGGGCGCUGAGCCUUCAGGGACUUUUACAGUGUUCCCAUUUUACCAGGCUGUAACAGAAGUGACAGAAGGUUGUGACACUCUGAGCAUAGACUGCAGGAAACACUUGUCUGCUUUUAUCAAGGCCACCGAACUGCUGGAAACUCUCUGCCUCAAUUUAUUUCUUCAACCCUGGAAAAAGGAAAUCAAGACACUCAAGACAUUUACAGGUCCUUUUGUUUACUGUCUGCUGCCAGUCCUCAGCAGGUCUACCAUUCAGUCAAUCCUAACAUCUAUCGGCUACCUACCCCAUACUAAGGCCCCACAAAGUGAGUUCAGGCUCAGUGAGGAUGCAAACACAGACAGAGCUAUACUGGUGGGCUUUGAGCUGCUGCUGGCCAGGGUGGAAUGUUACCACCUCCUGGAACUUCUGGAGAAGGAUCAACUGGGACCACAAGAGUGUCUGGAGGUUCUUCAAAGGAGAGUGCAGCCUACAAAACUAAUGGAACAGAUUGGAAAAAAGACAAUAAAAGGAGAGAAGGAAGACGAGGAGCAGGAGAGAAAGAAGGAAGAGGUACCUCUCUAUUUAGACACCAGACUUGCAGCGAACCCCAAUCCCAAGCUUCAGUGCUGCCACCUCAACAGUGUAGACCAGUCCAUUAUGGAGAUGCAGAAGACCUACCCUGACCUAGCUUUUAGGGGCCGCCCUCUGCUAACAGAGGAACCUCAGAAAGCACCAAACAGCAAGGCUGUGCAUGCUGCUGAGCUCCCCAAGAAACACUGUAUAAAAGGCCCCAAAGCUGCUGCUAAAACUAUCAUUGGUAGAAAUGAUGGCAGUAAAGCUGAUGAGGUGCUUGGUGACAGCGGCGAUAGCAGUGGUUGUAAUGACAAGAACAGUGGAGGAACCACUGCUCCAGGAGACGCCGUUAGCAACAGUAACAGUAGCACUGAUGGAAGAGUUGACAACGAGCUCGGGAGACCUCAGGCUGUUUCACUGAAAAUCACACUGAGGACUGGACCCAGAGCAGAGCAGAGUCCGAAACCGAAGCCCACAGUAGAGCCUUCUGUCUGUACACAGCAACAAGCCGAUGGACAACAUAAAAGACUGGCCACAACAGAUGUGCCCCCCCUAAACUCAAUGGAUGAGGAGCAGGAGCUGAGAGAGCUGGCAGACAGGAUGGGACAACUCUGUGUGCAGGAGAACAAAGACGAGGUGAAGAUAAAAGGAGAGGACAACACAAAUCAUGAAAGGAGGAAAAAAGAGAGAAAAUCAAGUACAGAGAGAAGCAGAGAAGCAACAUCUGAGGAAACAAGUGAUGGCGACAGGUCCAGCACUAAGCUGUGAUGCCAAUAGAUGCAGAUCCUCUCUGUCUGAUCCGGCUGUGAUGAAAGAGCAGAAACAGCCCACGGAGCAUCACACCUCACUGCUGACUGACAGCACAGUAGUCUGUCUGAACUGUGCAGGAAAUAGCAGCAUAGGUCAACAGGAAGGAGAUGUUCCUUAAAGAGAGGAAACAGGCUGAGGAGAAGAUGAGAGAUAAUAUAGUACAGCACAAUAGCUGAAUGUGAGAAAUAAUACGUGACAACUGAAAAGAACUGAGCACUUGCAAAACCAAAACAAGCUGCUGUCUGUAAGCCAAGAUUAAACUGUACAGAUUUGAAAGAGCACAGCAAGAUUGUAAUGUGCAAUCCUAUUUGUGCAUACUGAGUUUGAAUCUACUGUUUAUAUACUGACAGACUUCAACAGAAUUCACCAACAGUUGUCUUCAAACCUCCUGGUAUUCAUACUCUGGAGAGUUUGCACAGUAUUCCAGGAUGGUUAAACCAACUGCUAGUCCUGCAGUCUGUCUGGAUAAAUGAUCUGUGUAACCAGAUACAGUGUGUAGUUUCUUAAUUAGCUGAAAAUACUGUCAAUGUUGGAAUUUGUUAUGGUGUAACUGCAAGAACAGACUGCUCUUCGGACACUUUCCCACAGUUUAGUGACCCUUAACAUUUCAUACUCUGUCGUUCUUUAAUAUUUGUCAGAAAUUUACUAAACUCAGAAUUACAAGGAGUCUGAUGUAAAUGGGUCUGCCCACUUGGCUUCUUGUAACAAUAUGAUGUGAAUAUGGCAUUCAUUUUCAAUGUUACAGGCCUUUAACCUUAAGUUUAUUGUAUAAUGUUGCUAGUUUAUUUAUAGGAGAUGGAGCAUAUCAUUCACAGUUGCAGAUAUAGAUUCAAAAGAUACAAUUUUUUUUCUCGACUGACCAUUAUUGGAGACAGACAUGCUCAUUUUAGUCUUCAAAUUUGUUUAGUCUGUGUAUUAAACACCUGUCAGUUACGUGUUAGUAUAGCAGACUCCACCUCUGCCAUUUAAAUUGUUGUGGUUUAGAUUUGAAUCUGAUUAAGCCUUAAAAUUCUUUGAAGCAAUUGAUUAAACCAGUGAAACAAUAUCUUAUGUCUCUUCAGAAAGGGCUCGCAAAGCCAGACUAAGGUCUCUCUAACAAGGUACGACUUCACUUCCAGGUUAUAUCCAACUGAGUUUGGUACACUUUCAGCUUGAAUUUUCAAAGAAAAUAAGUUUGUAUAGAUCCAUUAUCAAUAUUGCAAAUUGAGUCCAGAUACAUAAAUAUGAUGUUUGGUUUCUGUUGUCCGAGGAAUCAUGGAAAUUCUAUGAAAAUUGUUGAUCAUUGCUUUACCAAUACAAUGCACUUUCUGUAAUGUAACCCAGCGAAACAUUUCUAAUGAAUCAGUAUAUAAUGCUGUCUUAACAAAAAAACCCAACAAUAUAUUUGAAUAAAGCCAAACAUGACUGCCUCCCUGCUGGUAUUCAUAUCCACACAUUACUAUUAGUAGUAAUUCUACAGAGUCAGUCACUUCUGAAUAUAUUUGAUUGCCUGCAGACUUGAAUGUCCCAUUUACUGAUUUGAUUUUUUUAGUUUAGAUAAGCAGUGGGUUACAUGAAGGAACGUGUACAUCGCAUGUAUGUGCAUGCACUGCCCAUUUCAAAUACUCCCAAUAUUUAAAUCCAGGCUUUGACUAGGUCAUUCAUUUUGAUUAUUUAUGCUUUUUGAGUUAUUUUGUAGUGGAUUUGCUAGUGUGCUUACUCCUGUUAAAAUGUCCACUUUCAAUUAAACGUCCACAGUAAGUUGUGAAUUCACAAACUACAGAAAUCCAAUAUGAAGACAAAGCAUGAAUGGAUCAGUUCUACACAUCACACACAUUGGAUGUGUCCUCCGUGUUGUCGCUGGGUGAAAAUGAGAUCUGAAUGUGAGGGCAGCUUCUGUAAUCACAUGAAUACUUUUUAAAUGAAAUUUUCAAAAACAAUUACUCGCGAUGCUUCUGGCCCAAUCCUGAAGUGAGGUGUGCUCUGCUACUUAAGACGUUGAACAGUUUCUGACCAAAAAAAGAGCAAAAAAUUCUUCAGACGUUAGAAAUACAGAAUUUAUUGAUUAUUGUGGACAAACAAGUCAGAGUAAUGUUUCUUUUAACAAAAUGUUUAAGAGAAAAACAAGUAAACCCUUUAUUGGGUUCCAAAAUCAGUUAAAUCAAGUUAUAGCAGAUAUACAUGUAUUCUCUAUCUAAAGUAGUCCCAAGGUUCAUAGGAAACUAGGACCAGCAAAUGGAAGUUAGCCCUGUGCUAAAUGUUCCUUAUUUACUGCAAACUUGUGAGAUUGUACUUCAUUAAUAUGUACUGUCCCAUCCAUAUAAAUAAAUGAAAAUUAGUAAACACAGUUUAUUACAUUAAAUAGUGACAAAACAAAUCCAUUAGAAAGCAACAACUGAACAAAUAACUGUAGACAAUGUCAAAUGAGUCAGUGUGACUGCUUAAGAAGCUCUAAGCACAAUUCUUAAACACUUGGAGUUCUUUGUUUCAGUAACUCUCUAAUGUAAUAAUAAAAAAACCUCAUGGUUUAUAUGAAGCAGAGACUCAGUGGAAUGUCUCACCUGGUCUGAAGUUAGUUCUGGUUCCAUGUUGGAGGUUAGAAUAAAUAAAUAUACAUUUUGGUAAAACUAUUAAGUCAUUAAAAGCUGUUAAUGAUGAAGUUUUCCCCUAAUAAACACAUAUGAACUGAGUUUUGCUUGGGCACAAAGCCAAAAAGCUAAAAAUACAAUCAGUGUAACAGAUUUAUUCACAUCUUCAUGAUCUUGUCUUGAACAAGCGAUGUCCUUCAGAGUGUGCCUAACUCUAUAUUUGAGCAUCAACGGUAUGCUAGGAUCUUAUCGCGAUUUUCUUCGUAGUGGUGCAGCAUAUCCUCGAGGUCAUGGUCAGCGGGAAUCACC